AUGGUAAAGACUUCGUAUUUCAAAAAUUUUUGAGAGGUUUUAGUCAGCAAUUCUUCAGUUUUAAAAGCUAUUGAGGAAGAGAACCCAAAAAAUUUGGAAUUUUUUUCUCUUUAGAAAUCGACUUCUCGUCGAAUACGGAUAAUUUGAAAGUUUGGCAGUCAAGAUCCAACAAAAUCCGACGUUUGAAGGGUUAAGCAUUAUUUUUUUUGUCUUGGAGAAAUUUGAAAAGAGGAAUCUUCUGUGCAACUGUGCAACUGUGGCGACAUUCGAACGAGAAAUAAUAUGUACAUUUUCGAUGGGCUAAUUUUUUCAUGAAAUCAUUUUGCAUUAUGAGAACUGUAAAUUCUUCAGACGUCCGAACUUCGCAAAUUCAUCGCUCCACUGCUCACUUCUCUUAUAGAGCUUCUGUUGCAGCCGAAGGAGAAAAACGUGGACGCUAAGGUUAGAACCCAAGAAGCUCGAAAUAUAUUAUUUGCGUUGUUCUGACAAUAAAGAAAUAAAAAAUAUAUAGUUUUUUCUCAGAUUUGCAUUUACCGAACGAUGAGACUCCUUCUGCGCAAUGUUUUUGAGAACAUUCAAACAGAUGUGAGUAAAAACUCUGUGAACCAGCUGAGAAGGGUUUUCAGAGCUCCAUCGACUCUGUGGGCUGGGUGCUGGACGGAAAGCGGGAGAGCGGAGCCGCAGCUGACGCCGUCGUCAACUCUGUCGAAUCGAUGAGCGAAGACGUGGCACGUCAUCUUGCCACGAGCAUCACCGACUUCCCUCCGCUGCGGAAGGUUUUCUUUUACGUUUCUGCUCCCUUUUUCCAAUAAUCAAUCUGCUUUAUUCCCGCGAUCUUUUUUAUCGUAUCAGUCUGGCUGGUCGCGGACCGUAGGUUUCCACGAUGAGCUCGUUCACAUUCUCAGUAGAUGUGGUGUAUCUGGACGGAAGUCUGACCUGCGGUGGACUCGUCUGGUCCGAAGAUCGCGACGCUUUGAUCCCAGUGUUGUUGCUCUGAAAACGGGCUUCUUCGUAACAAAAGUUGAAAAUAACAAGCGGAAGUUUUCAAAUUCUCCGUUAUACAUUGCUUUCGACGAACUGGAACUUUUAUUGCAGUCAUGAUACGUCAAAAUUUUUUUUAUUUUCAAUCAAGCCUACUUUUUUUUUCAGUUUCAGAUAACCAUAGGCUGUACAAAAACGGCUGUAGAAAAAGAAGAAUGAACUCACUACAAAGAUUGAAAAUUUUCAUAAGUUUAGUCAAACAAAAGCCUUUCACACCUUUUUUUUAAAGAUGUAAACUUUGAGAGCGUUGCUAAUAAUAUUUAUUCAUUUCAAUCACUAUUUAUGAAGAAGGACUGAAACCUAUACCUCGCAACUUCAGAAUCUCAUACUCACAAGUGAAAAACCGUGGCGCAGUUAACUAUCUUCAUCUAACAAAUAAUAAAAAAUAAAGUUUGAAACGUUUGUGGGAAGUUCUAGGCUUACAGAUUGAAUAGCUUUCCUUUUGAUAGAAGUAAAACGAGUUCGAUUCAAAUGAAAUACAUAAAAUUGGGUAGUGUUUUAUGUAAUUUGAAGUCACGUAGAAUAUCUCUUACCUCUCCUGUUUGAGUGAACACUUCAUGCAAAGCUUUUUCCUUGCUCAUCACCGCUAUCAAUGGACAUUUGUCCUGAAAUUAUUAACCCAUUAUACAAGACGCAGUGUUAAAAUAACAUCAGUUUGGAGAAUUCCCAGCGUUACCAUAUGGUUAACUGGUACAUCACUCAUAGUCAUUUCCUCAAAGCUUCCGAACGUUGCCGUGUGACGCAUUGAGAGGAAUCCCUGCGUUUGUCUAAAAAUGCGUUGUUCCCUGGUUUUUUGCCGACCCGACCUCAGAGGGAGAUACAACUUUCCGGGCAUCCAAUAAGCACGGCUGAACUUGGUGUGCAGAAGGUUGAUGAAAAGGUUUAUUGUCGAUAGCCCGAUUAUCAGAUAGGUGUAUAUAAAAAUUAGCUCUCUCGUAUCCGGCUCUUUGAUGAAAUUUGUUUUGAUGAUUCUGAGAAUGAAAACCUGGUAUUUCAACGCCGUCGACUCCAAUGGUUGCUAGAGAAUUGAAUACGACAAACAAGCAUUCAGAAAGAGGCAGCUCGUAGGAUAUGUGAAGAAGAACGCAGCCAAUACUUAUCCAACCGACUAUGGCCAAUACUGCUACAGUUACCUGGAUCUCGUGUAAAUUGUAAAUCUUCGGAAUCAUCUACUGGAAUAGAGAGAAGCCGAUCGGCGUUUUCCAGGCGGUAAUCUCUGCCAUCUUCAGGUCGUCCUUCGUGUAAUUUCUUUUCGAGGUCGCUUUCGCGAACAGGCCUCAAUGUGCAGAAGCGAAAUACUGUCCAUAUCACUUCUAGAACAAGGAUUUUUAUUAUUUACAGUUGAAAAAUGGUAUGAGACCGCACGAAUAUCAAUUUUUCAAAUAUCCAGAAAUUUCGUAUGUUGGUAUAUGUUAAUUAAAAGUUGGAAAUGAAAAAUUCACUUUAGUGUGGUUUUUUAGUAUAGUUCUAAAUGUGUAAUCCUGGAGUUUCAUCAAAGAUGCAUUUAUGAUGCAUAAAAGACAGCAGAGGUGCUCCGUAGACAUAUGAAAAUCUCGUUGGUUUCAGUACCAGGGGAAUUCGUCGCGCGCUUGAUGUAUGGAUACUCUUAUCGGUAGGCGGCAUCUAUUGCGGUAACGCAUAACUUGAUAGGCUUACAAAUAAGGGUUUUUUGUGAAUUUUGAAAAUUAAUGAGUUUACCUAAAAGUCGACAAGGAAAGUGGAGGAGCACGGCCAGCAAAUAAGAUAUGUCUUUGAGAAGAACAAUCGUGAAUGGGAUCCCACAGAAUGCGAUGAACAUACUAACAACUCUCCCGGCCCUCGUUACCGGAUAGAUAUACCCGUAUCCGAUUGUCGUCACUGUGGAGAGCACCUUGGAAAAAAAGAAUUGAAAUUCAACCGUUGAAUUUUUCUGGCUUACAAAUAGAAGUGAAUUCCGAAAGUUGACGGCGAACGGAGGCAUGGGCGGACGAAGUUGCAAAUACUUUUCAUAAGUUUCGAUCCUCAUGUCAAAAGUUUGAUGUAAGUACUUGGACUUCUCUUUAUUGACGUAGAGAAGCAAAUGACUGUUGUUGAAAAUUUUGGGAAAGAGAUCGUUCGCCACAAAUCUGUUGUAUCUUGAGCUUUUAAGGGAAGGAAUUUAAACCUGGCUCGACCAUUUUCGAUCUUUUUCUUCCAUCUUUCAUGGUAGACCCCGCUGUGUCGCUCUUCCACGUGGUUGAAAAUCGUUGCCGAUGCGAAUAUGAAGAAUGUGUAGCACACAAUGAGUAGAACAUGGUUUAGCCUGGAGGUUUGAAAGAAAAAGUAUUUUUACUGUUGUAAGACGUACCGAAAUUUAUGGUAGAUUCUUUUGGUUUCUAGACAGAAAUUAAUGCAGCCCAACUUGCAUAACAUAAUAAGGACAUAUAUAAUUGAAGUUAGUUUAUAAAAUAGAAAGUCAUAGUUUUAGUAUCAGAAGGAGAAUGGGGUGAGCGUGCGGCAAAUGGAAGGAAUUGGCGACUUUCGGAUAUGAAUGAAAGACGUUGGCUGGGUGAAACAGAGGGGGAAGUGAGAAGCACAAGGCCACUUGGCUCCCGUGGGAUGCGCUAGACGCUCUUUUUAAACUCCUUAACAAAAACACUCACACUUGCUAUCUAGGAUUUAUGAAUGGAGCUUUCAGACAAUUCCGAUCCUACUGGCCAGUGACUUGCUGCACGAAGACUUGAAAGGCUCAAAAAGAGUAAGUUCGCUGGUAGAUACACUAAAUAGUGAAGGCUCUAAGUUGUCGUCGACCAUGUCCAAGUGUGGGAUCCCGCGGCUGCUCUGUGAGUUGCUGGUGUCCGUCGAUUUCGACUGGAGCGAGGUCGCCACUGCGAGGACUCAGAACCUACAGAGACGCGAGUGUCUCGGCCAGUACCAUCUUCUCACUUCCGUUCUAGUUAGUAUCUUCUGCCUUGCAAUGAAACCGAGUGCAUUUCAGUAUGAUUAGGUGAAACGAAUAAACGUCACGCAAAUUUUACCGAAAAAAUUAUUUGUAUUUAUGAGUAAAAAAUAUCUUUUUCGUCAGAGAAAAAUACUUUUUUUAAAAUUUUUUACUUUAUCUCACCUCGAAGUCUGUUUUUAUUUGGUUUGAAAAGUUCUCUAUUCUGUUACAGAUUUCCUUUGCUCGUUUUGCCAAAACUGAACACGGAUGGAACGCCCUUUCAGAGUUAUCACUGGUCGAGGUUGAUAAUGGUUCUCAUCUUCUUCCAUGCGCUCAUUCUCAUUCAGAUCAUCUCUCAACUUCCGAUUUUCACCAAGCCACCUAAACAAGUGUUCAUAGAGCCAGCAACAGUGAAAAAGUUUGUCUAAAGUUGAAAUUCACUGAUAAUCAGUUUUUUUCUUCAGGCCAGGAACAUCGGCGCACAUUUAUGCAACAACUUUGGACCUCGCUCUUCACGUUUGCAAGCAAAUGUGCACGAACACCAAGUGGAAGAAGCAAUCAGAAAAGGUCUGUUUCCUGUAUCUCGUGCAAGUUCGAAGAAAGUCAAAUGAGAUUGAUAGAUUUCGAAAAAAAAAACUUUUCAGAUUCUGUGUGUGAUUCGUUCUUUGCGAGAACUCCUCCAACAGCUCAUUAGAGCCAACAUUCAGUGCGAGAUCUUGACGAGCGCUCAAGAACUCAUCAAGGAAAUAUCGAUUAAUGGUGAUCACACUCACAGCCUUAUUAACCCACAUAUCAAAAAAAUUUUAGAUGAAGCCGUUGCAGCGGAAGUCGAAGCAGACGAGUCGCUUCAGCAACUGAUGGAUUUCGACACGAAAUCUACCAGGUCUGCACAGCCGAUCAACGUCAAUUCCUCUUUCGCUGCCCCACGCCAACUUUUUUCCACUUUGAUCCCCGCCUAA